GCUCCACCAUUGCUUCUCUCCUCAGUGUUGACAGAGUUGCCGUGGUGACGAGAGCUCCUAGUAUCUAUGCUCCGUGUGCUGCAUCAACUGGGGACGAUGAGUAUAUGAGGUGGUGAGAGCCCUAUUGGUGGUUGGUGGCUGGUGCCACCAGAGGGCUACAUGGACCACUCUGGUCCUCAUUUGGAUACUACUUGCAGCCCUUCUCAGAGUAAAAAUGGAAGCCCAGAACACAAGAAGGCCAGAGGGCGGGUCCGAGGUCUGCCUCGGCUGCUGGCCAUCAAUUCAUUGGUGUGUGGGGUUGAGAUUGUAUCCAGUGCUGCCUUCACAUAUAUCCCUCCACUACUGCUUAAGGCAGGGUACACAGAAACUGUCAUGACAAUCAUCCUUGGCAUAGCUCCAUUUCUGGACAUGAUGACUGUGCCCCUGUUGGCCGAAUGGAGUGACCGAUGCACUUCAGUGUUGGGGCGACGGAGGCCAUUCAUCAUGUUCCUCUCUACUGUGCUACUUGUGUCACUCAUCCUUAUCCCCUAUGGACCCACCAUCACUACAAUCAUCACAGGAACUAAUUCAUCUAAAAUAAACAUGAUUAUUUUGGCUGUGGGAGUGAUACUUCUGGACUACAGUUACCAAGCAUUGUUCAAUCCUUGUGAGUCACUUUUAUCUGAUCUGAUGGCCACAGCACCAGAUUGGGAACAGACCCGAGGCUUUACCGUUUACUCGGCCGGCAUCUCCCUGGGGUGCAUCUUGGGUUACCUAAUUGUGUCCAUUGACUGGUCAUCGUCUGGGUUCCUCAUUGGCUCUCAGGAACAGACUGCUUUUUCCGUAAUUUUCAUUUUGUUUUUGCCUUGCUUGUUUCUUACACUUUUUUGUGCUAAGGAAAAGCCAUACCGUCGGACUAUAAAUUUAUCGAUGCAACCCGCUGAAGGAGAGAACCAUCUUGGAAAGGAUGCUGCCUCUGAAAAAGAUUUGUUAAUAGUGAGAAAAUCUGAUACAGAAGUUGUUAUGCAAGAUAGAAUGACAGUGCUUGAUCUGACUAGUGAUGUGACCAUUGCAAAAGACCAUCCCUCAGAUGGAGGUUAUGAGAGCGGGUCCAGUGAAUCUGAAGAAACUGCACCGCUUAUCCUCCCGUCCUCUGAGAUGCUGAAGUGGAGGUACCAGAGGCUCGUUCAUCAAAUCAAUCGUUUACCGAGGAUAACUUUACAAAGGCUCAUUAAUAGUAUACUUCGUUUAAUAUGGAAAAUAGUCAAGAUUUUACUUUAUUUACCGUACCAGAUAUUAAAAUUGCCAUUGGACACUUGGAAGAGAGUUACCAAUGCUCCUACUGUUCUGCGCCGCCUUUUCUUAUCUGAACUGUUUGGCUGGAUGGGCUUCAUGUGCCACAACAUGUUCUUCACUGACUUUGUUGGACAGUAUAUGUAUGGAGGAUUGCCAGAUGCUCCAGAACACACCAAGUUAGCCAUUUUAUAUGACGAAGGAGUCAGAAUGGGAUCGUGGGGUCUUUUUCUCCAUAGCCUUACUGCGUGUCUGUAUGCCUUUUGUAUUCAACAACACAUUGUACGGCUGGUGGGUCAUCGCACAGUCUUCAUCGGGGGUUUGUUCAUCUUCACUAUCACCAUGGCCGCAACAAUCAUCUCUCCAACAGUAACAUUUCUUAAUGUUGUAACAGCCUUGUCUGGAAUAGGAUUUGCUGCUCUUACAUCUACACCCAACAUGCUAGUGACUCUCUACAACACUGACAGACAGUUGUACCUAUGGGAUGACAGCAACCAGGAUGGGAGUGAGGAAAGAGGACUUGGUACAGAUGUAGCAGUGUUGGACACUGCCUACUUUCUCUCCCAGAUAGUGUUGUCAGUGUGCAUGGGUCCAUUAGUAGACUUGACUGGUUCUUCACUGCCAUACAUGAUAGUGGCAACAUUAACUGGAAUGGUCUCGGUGUACUGCAGUUCACGUGUGGUCUUCACAGAUCGUCACUUGAAGCAACUCAGGGCAGGAGCCUUUUAAUGUGCUGACCUUAGUGGCCUUACAAACUUUUGUGAUGAAGUCAAGUUUAUAGAGCUUAAAAUUAAUGACUGUGGUGUUAUAUUCAUUCAGGAAUGAUAUAUGAUGUUUUAGUUUAAUUUAAUUGCCAAGUAAUAUUAACUAGUUUUAUUUACUGUAUGCAGCUUUUUUCAGCCAUGCAAGCCAUAUCUUAGUACAGGUAUCCCUUGUUUAACGAUGGGGUUGCACGCCUGAAAACCUAACGCUCAGCAAAAUUUUUGCUAAACUGGGGAUAACAGCAAAGUACAGAGGGUGAACAACAGGUUCAAACAGCAGGGUGGUAAACACUGAGUACAGUACGUACUGUACUCCCAAAUAAUAAUAAUAAACGAGUUUGUUUUAAACGGUUUCGAAGUUAAAAUUUUAUAUAAACAAUGUAGUUCAGAGUUAAACAGUUUCUUGAGCACAAAGUGAUCCUAAUUCGAUCAUUUCAAAUUGCAUAUAUCAAACAUUAUCAAUAAUUGCUAUGAUAUACAAUAAAAUUGAUACAUUGCAUAUCAUUAAAUACAAUAGCAAAUAUUUUAUGUACAAAAAAUAGCUCCUUCCACACUCAAACCAUACUCUGGGUGAUGCCACACAGUUCAGCCGGGCAGUCAAAUAGCUGAAUCAGGGACGUGUGGCUGUUGCUGCACUGUGUGGAUGUUGUGACGUCACAUGGGGAGAGGGCUGGGCUGGCAACGUGGUUACAGCAGUCCACUGCCUCCACACGUAUGUUCAUUCCCAUACAUACACAUCCAUGCUCUUCAUUUUUCUUAUUCUAAAGUUUUAUAUUUUAUUUUAUUUAUUUCUAAGCCACUUUAAAGUAUUGUAGUGAUUUUUACACAACUUUUACAGUUUCAUCUCAUGUAACAGGCCACCUCAUCGCCAGUUUUCCACUUCCCAGUGAGUCAAUGUAUCUCUUAACCGAAUUUUUAUAAACAUUAAGUGAGAAAGUGUGUAAAAAAAGAAAUUAUCACUGAAGCGAAUUAAUGUUAAAUGAAUUAACGCUAAACGGGGGAUAACUGUAUGUGUAGGGUGGCUAGGCAGGUGUUAAUCCCUUGACUCAUAGCAUUCAGCAGCUAAUGAGCUACCCAACCCCCUUGGUUGCAUGCUAGUUCAUUGAAGGGUUAUUAGGUAAGUAUUGGCAUGUGCACCCAUUAAUGUAUUCAUUUUAUUGGUUAGUGUGCAAGAGUAAGUACAGUACAUAAGGAAGGAGCCCAGUCCUCCUAUCUGACGAGGAAUCAGACCUGGGACUAAUGUAUUCAUGCUCUCUCACUAAGCCAUCGAAGCACAAAUAUUUAUGAAGUACUGUACAGUUAAUAUAAAACAUAAAAUGUUGCAAGUUUUUGCUGCAUUUUUUAUACACAAAUAGUAUUUGAAUUUUUAUGAACAUAUUAUUACCAAUGUCCUGAAUUGAAUAUAACACAGUUAUUUAAAUUUGCAACUGUUCUAUAUAGAAUUAAAAUUUCAUUUAAAUUUUGUAGUUGUUUUGAUGUAGGAUUUUUCAUAGUAUAGGCACUAUUAUUUUCACUUUGUAGAUCAGACAGUCAUGAAAAUAAAAUGAUCUUUCACAAAACAAGCUCUUUCUACACACAAUACGAAUGUCAAAAUCUUGGAAGAAACAAUGAUACAGACAAGAAGGUCUAAGGUUACCACGUCUUUAUGUAAUGUAAACUUUUUCAGCGAGGCAAAUUGACACAGUGCUUUUCACCACAGUUUGUUCAGAGUGUAUGGCUAAUUGUACCAUAAUACUGUACUGUAUAUAUAAAGGACCUUGCUUUCUACAUCCUUUGUACAGUACUCAUUUUGUAUAGUAUAUACAGUAUGUGCUAUCAGAGUUCCUUUCUGGAUAGCAUUAGAUGAACAGUAAUACACCUAAUGUUCAAAUAUAAUUCUUCCAUAUUUGCUCUCUCGUCCAUGAAUGGUAUUUGUUAUCAUAUAUUUUUCUUUACAUGUUUGAAUCAUUAUGGCUGCUGAGUGACAUGUUUAGAAAUGGUAGUUAGUGUACAUUUAGUUAUAUUUUAUUUACUAGUAAUUAUAAUUGUAAAAGUUUUGUUAAAUAUAAAGUUUAUUUUACAUCAGUUCCUUUGGUUAAAUUAUACAGUAAGCUCUGCCACAGUCAAUCAUUUGAUUGAAUUAUCCUAGAAGGUCUAACAUGGUACAGUAGUUUGUUUCAUUUUAUUCUCUGACAAACUCUAAUAUGGUAGCAGUUAGUAUUUUGUCAUGUAAACAUUCCUUCUGCUCAUUACCUUUUGAAACUAAAAGGAUUCUGCCACACUAUGAAUAUAUUAAGUACAUCCAAGUAGUUGUUUUUUGUUUUCCCAAUGAGAAUUCUCUUUUCAAGGGCAAGGGUUAGUAUUUCUAGUGGUUUGUUGUAUGAAAGUUUGGUUAUGAUAAAAUUUUUUACUCCUUAGUCCAGAUGCCAACUGAUGGAUGUUGUCAAUUUGCCAUCAUUCUGUCUCUGUCCAUCCAUCUGUUAGUUUCUGCUUAUCAUUUUGAUGGAUUUGAUGUAAUCUCCUCAAAUUCACAUCAUUGGGUUUUCAUCCAGUUACCCUUUCAGAUGAGUUUGAAGAGGAAUGUCCUUGAAAAAGUUUUCGAGUUCACAUGACCAUUUAUUGGUAAAAUUAGCUGAAGGUAAUUACACUGCUUUUUAGUGUUCUUGUCAACUUUAGAUAUCGUAAAAAAAAUCACACAACAUGUACAGGUGAGACAGAAAGAUUAAUUUCAUAAAUAUUAUGGAUUCGGAUGAUCUGAGGGUACAGUACAGAGAUUUGUCAUUUAUAUUACCAGUGAAUAAAAAAGGAAGUGAAAUAGUGCAGCAAAAGUGGAACAUUAGGUAUAAAGCAGUAACUUAACCCUCAAGACAACAUAUUCCAGCUUUAGAUAUAAUAAUACAAAAUUUCUUUACUAUCAUUGGGGAUGAAUUAAAUCCCAGAGGAAACACUGGUGUGGAUACUGUGAAUAUUGUUUCCCAUUAAGGUUAGUAUUUUGUGUGGGUAGUUCUGUAUUGUAUCAUCUCAAGAGUCAUGCUUAAUAUACGUGUACUCUUAAGAUUCUCUGUUACUAUUCACAGGUUGGAAUUUUUCAUUCCUCUGGUUUUUAUUGUUAAUUUUCCUAUCUUUUAAAGUUAAAAUGUGUUCAGAAUAUAAACUGCACAAAUAUGUUCGUAGUGGGUGACAGCAUGAAUAAAUUAGAGUAAAUAUUUUUGCAUAUAUGGCUUGAUUUUCUUUAUUUUUCCUGUUGCUAUAAUUUUAUAUGUACAGGUAUGAGCGUACUUAGCUACACAAUAUCACAGGUUUCUGGAAAUAAUUAUGUGAACCCGCUAAGCAUUUUCAUCUGAGAAACUAGUUUGUUUCCCUAUCCUUCUUGUGAUAUCACCAGAUUCUAAAAUUUCUUGAAAAUUACUGUAAUAUAUUAUUGGUAAGGGAAUAUAGACAAUAUUUAUUUUGUUUGAAUUACCGGUAUACUUCAAUAGAGAUUAUUUUUUUCUUUUAUAGGCUUUAUAUUUUGAAUCUUAUUAUUUUACAAUAUUUUUACCUAAGUCAAUAGGUUGUGUUUGUCCAAAGUUAUGACAAAGGUUUUUAAUAUACUGUACAUGGAAGAAAUGUUUGCCUAUGUUGCCUCAAAAUAAAUUUUUUAUCAUAAAGACUUGCUGCAUGCCUUGAUAUUAUAACAAAUAGGAGAAGUAUUUUUUUACCAUUUAUAUUGCACAGACAGGUUUGUUACUAUUUUAUUUAGUUAAAUGGACGUAGCUGCCGUUCGUAUAUGGUCAUGAUUACUUUUUGUAUCAUGAGAGUAGGCUUAGGGAUGUUUUGGAAGUUAAUUGUGCUUUCCCUUACCAGUGUUCAACAAAUGAAGAGUUCAACUGUAAUACAUUAGUAACACACUGUUUGUGUUCUAUGGUUCAGUUACUUUAAUAGUAUGUACUGGUACUGCUUUGAUGUGAAAGGUCUGCAGUGUUGUGGAGUGGCAUCAAUACAAUUAAUUUAUAUUUUAUUCGGUGAAAUGAAAUUAACCCUUUCAAUAUGAUGCCUUAACUUUCUGAGUACAAUAUCAUUGUUCUCCAGGGAAUGAGUCUUAAGAAAUAAAAAGAGGUAAAAACAAUAUGUUCAAGGGAUUAAGUCAUUGUGCUCAAAGGGUUGAGUCAUACUCAAAGGGUAAAGAUAUCUUACUCACUGGGUUGACUCAUUGUUGCAGAGGGUUGGCAUUGUACUGAAAGGAGUAAUGUUUGCAAUUAAGAUUCAGGAAAGUUGUAGUGUUAGAUGACUUUUAAUGUGUUCAAAACAGAAAAAAAAGGAUUCUCAUGAUUGCUGUGACCAUAACAAGAGGUUUCAUGUCCUGUAGUAGCAUUGUGUUCAUUGUUGCCAUCCAUUGGUUGCAAAUAUGUACCGUAAUACUGUAUGGUGUACUGAAAGCGCAAGUAUACAGUAUAGACUAAUUUGAAAUAAACUGUAUAGCUUUUAUUUCAUGAAUCUGUUUUUGGUGUUGACACAUUUUUUACAUAGUGAAGAAGAGUCGCAAAUCAUUAUCCAGUUUUCUCUGCCAUGUAAUAUUUGUUAACAUUAUGAUGCUCAUUUUGUGAUAAUUCUAACAUCUUGUUGCAUAUUUUUCCAUUGUACUGAUUACCUCAUGUGUUCAAAACUAAUUUUGAAUAAUCUAGACAAUCAUUUAAAACAAUAAUAUUUAAAUUUCAUUAUCAGUCAUUAAUUUGUUAUUAAUAGAAUGAAAAGGUGAAUACAGUGUAUAUUCUACUUUGGUAAUUACAGUAUGUCUAAAAGUUUAAUUCACAAUUUUUUCUAAUUUUCUCACCAAAAUUUUUAAUAGUACAAAAUUAAGAACUUAUUAAUACUGGUAUAUUUAAAGAAGGCUUUCUCAAGUGUUUCAUUGUCAAUGUGAUAUUUUACUACAGUAUAUCCAGCAUCAAAAUAUAAAGAAUAUUAUAUCCAAUUCCUUCAGGGUGUUUCUGUUGUGUCUGAUAAAUAAUUAAUUAAUAUUCCAUGACACACCAUCUGCUGUAUUACAAUCAUUCAAACACUUAAAAAUUUACCUUGUCACUGAACAUCCAGAUAUACUCCCUUUACACAAACCUCCUUUCUUCAAGCUUCAUUUAUCUGUUCUUCAACCACUACAUCAAACAAUAUAUUAUCAUCUCAACCUUAUGAUACACAUUUGGAAGAUUUGCAUCCAGUCAUUAAGAAAGCUAUUGCACAAUGAUAAGACUCUCAACUCAGUGUUCUGAAAGGCAGAUAUGGCUGACAGGUGGAGGGGGGGAGCUUUGUGAAAUAUAUUGUGUGUGUGUGUGUGUGUGUGUGUGUGAGGCUGGUUAUUGUUGAUGUGUUAGUUUUAAGACCCUAACCCAGUUAAUGCCUCUCACCUGGGAUUUGCCAAGUGGAUGAGGUAAAGUAUGCUAGCUUUAAUUAAGGUGCUGUCAUUUUUCUUGUUACAAUCCUAUACAGUAUUUCACUCAUACAUGUCUGAGUGAACAACAUUCUUAUCUAUCAUGUCUCUUGAUACUUUCAAGUUUGUAAGAUUGUAGGAGCUUAUUGUAGUGAGUGGGAUAUUUGGGUGGUAAAUUUUUAGAUGUGAACUACCACUGUAACCAUAUACUGGACUGUAGAUCUGUGGCAGUAAGUGACUUGUCAUAAACUUACUCUGUCAGGCAAUGUCAAAUAGGUCUAUAUAUUAGUCUUGUUUAGCAUUGGUUGCCAUGCUAUCAGAAUGAAUUUACACAUCCUGUACUGUACUGUUAAAUCAUACCAUUAAAUUUUUACUUGUGAUAGUUUAACUUAAGCUUUUUUCAGAUUGAAUUGAGUAUUUUUUUUGUGUAUAACCUGAAAACACUUGUGUUGUACAGUACUUAACUCUUUUCUCCAGGAUGAUAAUAGAACUUGUGUAUUUCCUGGAUUUUCCUCUUAAUUAACAGCUCUUGUACACAUAUGGUUGAGAUAAAGAACCUUUCAUGUAAGGCUUAAAUAUAGGGAUGGAAUAUUUAUAAUUUUAGUGGUGGGAUUUUUUUUAAUUGACCUUACUGUAUUUUAUUAAUAUUGUUCAUAUUUGGAAAAGUAAGAAAAUUGAAAGAUGAACAAUUACGUACAGUAUUACAGUCAUAAUGGUGAUGACACAAAGCAAAAUACAUUCAGAUUUUAAUAUUCACUGCAGUAAGAAGUUACAUUUUGAAGAAAAUAGCAACAUCGAUGAUAGAAAUCUGUUUGUUUGUUAAAUUAACAAUACGUACUGUAUUAGGGUCAGGACAAUCAGAUAAAUGUAUUGUAUUAAUAUAAUAGUAUGGGAAAAUGAUUUAUUUUCAUAAAAUUAAUUUCAAUUGAAGUUGAUAAUUAGCA